AUGUCGGGCUUGGACGCUCUUCUAUCGGAAUUGAAUUCUGUUAUCAUGACAAAGACCACGAAAGGAGGAUCCACGGAGCAAGAAAUAAUGAAAGAAUAUACUAGUCUUUGUGGAAAAAGAGUGGAAUUCGCUGUGCAUGGAUACCGUAGCCUUGGAGAUCUUCUACGCGCACACCCGGAGAAAUUUUCCUGUGUUGGGAAUCGAUGGUUUGGAAAAAUAACGGAAGAGAACGAGGAUAUCGUACGUUCUAUGGCGUCUGAGAAGUCUAAAAGAGGUCGGGGAUUACCUCGUGGAAGGUUUGCAGGACCAGGAUUUCAUCCUUCCUCUCGGGGUCCGACUGUGCCACCACAUGUUUUCUUUCCAAGAAGCAAUUCCCUCGGACGUAAUGAACAACAGCGCUUCCAUCAAAGCGCUUCUGAUGGUUUCCUUCAAAAUCCUGGCAGACCUGAAAGUAGCAACGCUAAAAACACACCCGGUGGUCCUCCGCUGUUAGCAGGUGGUAAUGGUUGGAAGGCAACACAAAGAGUUCCUGCCAAGAUUGGAUUUGGAAACAAGUCAUACAACUACGUUCCGAGCGAAGCUGGCUCUACGAAAAGCAGUUCAGAUUCUGCGUCUGUUGAUGCUUGCAGAGAGGAAGACUUUGAUGCGAUGCCUCCGCCCGGAUUAGACGAUGUCGGUCGAAGUUCUGUCGGCUCAGAGAAGCAAUCCGAGCAUCAUCGUGAGUCCUUCCGAGGUAUGGUUGCUAACGUUGUUGAAGCGGUGCCGGAAUAUCCUCCGGGGUUAGGAUUUGCUGCUACAGAGGAUGAACUUCCUGAUUUCUCUCGUUCUAAUCUGCAACGUCAGGAGUCCUUCCGUGCAAUGGUAGCGUGUGACGUUGAAGCGCCAGAUUACCCACCUGGAUUGCCAAUUGAUGAUCCGAAAGAUGAUUCGCUUUCGCCUCAUUCGCAUCCCGAUUCCCUCGCCGAAGUGAAGGACGAUUCUAAGGCAUAUCCACCAGGAUUAUCGGCUCAAGGUGCACAGGGCGAACCAACUCCUUCCCUUCUUCCGGAUACGAUCAGUGUUGGAGGAAGAGAACUUACCGAAGAACAACUCUCAAAGCUGGAUAUAGCGCAAAAGACAUACGAUUUGUUGAAACAGGCUAAUGCUGGUAUGAGUGUAAAAGAAAUUGCAUCCAGAAUUCAAUUACCAAAGUCCCGCUUUGACGUGAACACAAGAGCACAAAUCGGUGUGGCACUAAUCGCUCACUUAGAAACAUUUUCACUAAGUUCUAUGGAUUCAGAUGGAAUCGUUAGAAUUAUCCGAGGAGCUCCACGACCUAACACAAGAACGUAUCCGAUCCGAGAAAUGCCCAGCCAAACUAAUGAAAGAGCAUCUUCAGCGUGUUCAUCGCGCGACAUGGGGCGUGAUGAUGAUAUUAUUUACAAACCACCGAGGAGAGAAAAGAAAGAAAGGAACGAUAUUAACGAACGCCACAAUCAUGGUCUAAGCGAUGGAGGGAAACCUCAAUGGAUCCACGACGAUUCUGGUAUCUCUCGGAAUUCUGGAUUGCCUGAUGUGGAUAGUCGAAAAUUUGGAAAUAGUCGAUUCAGCGUCCCCACACCGAGUAAUGAGUAUCGGCGCCAGCCACCCGACGUGUACGAGAAUUCUAUAGGAAAAGACAAAUUUACCCGGACCUCUACUCCUCCUAUCACUAACUUCCAACCCCCACCGAAUUAUUUCUACAAUGGUCGUGAAGAUAUCAGCAAUCGCGAUUACGGUAGAGGUGAUGAGAUGGGAAGAAAUCGGAGGGAACACAAUGACGAACGAGAAAAUCGUCCUCCAUACGAGGAAUGUAAGAGGAGAAGUCCAAAUAAUGAUGGAAACUGUGAGCUGCCUAGAGCUACACCCAGUGCAGGUAGAUUUGCUCAAUACCAUGAGGAAAUCACUGACAGGCACCGGCACAGGAGGAUCAGUGUCAACUUAGAACCGAAGAAAUUUGAAUGUAAACACAAAUAUCUUAUGAAUUCAACAGCAGUUCCACGUUUUGAAAGUGUCAUUUUAACUCACUUUGUUGCGCUCGAUGAGUUUUAUGUGCGAAGUUGCCGCGAUGAGAAACAGUACCAAAAUAUGCUUGUUCAAUUAAGAGACGACUACAAAGGCACAUUAGAAGAUGCUUUGCCGCAAUUUUGGAUGAGAGGCGAUGGUGCAGCCGUGCGAUAUGAACGGCGAUGGCAGCGAGCCGUUGUACGUACACCAGUGAACGAUACAACUUCGAUUACAAAUGUGGAGGUUUUCUUGGUUGAUGUUGGAAAGACGGUAACAGUAUCCAGUGAACAGAUGGUACCACUUCACGAAUAUUAUCAUACAUCUCCGUUUGCACUUUGUUGUACCAUCGGUUACUUUGACAUUAUUGCAGGGCAUCGAAAAAAUCUGCUGGAUCAAUGUAAUACGAUGGCAAAUUGUUUUGCAAAAGCGGUGGACGAUGAUCUUGAGAUAGAGAGCAUUGAACGGUUCUACGAUGAGACGGAGAAAUUGAAAGUGCGAGUGAUCUACCAUUCAGAAGAUUCUGACGGUCGCCGCACAGAUGUGAUGAUUCCACGAUAUUUUGUCGAUGAAGGGCUAAUCACUCUCCGGUAG